AUGGGUGCCCAGGAAAGCGCUAACAAACGUCAGGAGGAAGUACUUGAUGUGGACGAUGAAGUCCCUCAUAGUGCUGCUGCUUACAAGCUUUGGAGCCACAUUCAUCCAGCACUCAGGAAUAAGCGGAUUUCUUGUACGAUUUUCAUCAGAAAGCUCGAGAACGGCGACGGGUCGUUGAAAUAUUUUGAAAAUGGAAUAAAGCUUCUAAAGCAACUGAAACACCCGAACAUUCUUAAAUUUGUGGAGGGUGCAUGUGCUGCGAAUGACGUCUCUCUGGUUACAGAACGGGUGCAAAUGCUUGAUCUUUCCUUCAAGACUAUGUCUUUUGUGGAGAUCCAGUCUGGUUUGCGUCAUAUCCUAGAAGCUAUCACGUUUCUUCAUAAUAAGAUCAGCAAGAUGUUUAAUUCUUCUGUAUUCGUUUGUGACAAUGGGGAAUGGAAGUUAGGCGGAUUCGAGUUCACUUCGCCACCUGCUAUUUCCUAUGAGUUCACACAAUCCAAGUUUUGUGACGAUGCCAGAAUGGGAGAGUUUCUGUCCCCAGAGCAUCAGGUGAAACCUGCUACUGUACCCCAGGGAUCCUCGUUUGUGAAUGAUAGCUAUGGAUUCGGAAAACUCAUUGAAUAUGUGCUUCAAGAUUUCGAUGGAAAAGAUGAAGUUGUUCGCAGUUUGAAGGAUGUGGCUGCGCAGCUGACGGUUAGUGAUCCUGCUGCUCGACUACCACUGUCUGCACUUCUGGAUCACCCUUCGCUCUCGAAUGAUCUUACUGAGAUAAUCACUUUCUGUAACACCAUUCAGCUGAGAGAGGAAGAGGAGAGGAAUGCUUUUUUUGGGAGUAUUGUUGCUCGCUUGCGUGGUCUUCCAGAAGGUGUCGUGGCAAGAAGACUCUGUCGCCUCCUUCUCUCCCGCUACGUGCUCCUUGAACCAAAGUCGCAUUCCGAGCUUUAUCCUGGUUUGCUUGUUCCAACUGAAGAUGGCGAGGGUGUCCUUUCUCGCAAUUACUACUGUGCAUAUAUGGUACCAGAGCUCGUCCGUCUGUUCCGCGUCAGGGAAACUGCAGUUCGUAUCGCUCUCCUUUCUCAAUUUGAUCGAUUUGCUCGCCAUGUACAUCGCGACUGCCUCCAGGGUUUUAUCACAGAUGAGGUUGUGCAAGGAUGCCACGACAGCGAUAGUCACUUAGUGUCAGCCUCGCUCCGUGCGUUGGCCACGCUCGUGGACAUUUUGGGAGCCGAAAAUGUAUGUCCAUGGCAUACCACUAAGAAAUUCGGGAAUGGAUCGCCACAGAGAGUUCGCCCUUCCAAAAGUGUGCUUCAUAUUAGUAAUUCUCGUACGGAUCGUAUGAACUACAAUGAAAAUGCGAAGUCUAGUGAUACGCGAAAAUCAGUGCUGGUUGACUCUCCAAACAAUGAAAAUGAAUGGCUGGAAGAGGACAAGACAGACUGGAACAGUGACUUUUCCUGGUCUGCUGAUUGGAAGGAUGGCGAUAAAUCUGCCUCAGUGGAAGAUCUUGAUCCCGAUCUUCCUUCUGAAGUGAAGGAAACUUCGAAACAACGUAAGCCAGCGACGUUUCCUGUGGCCAAUUCAAAAAAAGACUCAGCAUUCGACCCUAGGAAGGCCAACAUCAUCGGAAGUGAGUUUGAGAUCAACGUAGUGCCCAAAAAAUGCAUCGAAGAUGAUCUGUUCGCCGAUCUCACUCCAAACAUCCCUACUUCUACAUCUUUACUCGAGAAGCUCAAAGACCUUCAGACCACGGCACAUUCUGUCUCUCCUGUUUCUAACAUUUCGUCCAAAUUUGCUAUGCUUGAAACCUCGGAGGAUGCCGGUGGUUGGGAUGACAGCGAGGACAUCAGCCCCAUAAACACUACCAACAACGCUUCAACGAGAACGGCUCUGAAUGCGUUUUCCAACGAGGAUGAUGACCGCAUCAUUCAGCUCUCCUUUGUUGGGAUCCCAUCCGAUGAAGAUCACGUAAAGAUGGAAACGUUCGAGGAAACUAUUACCGUAAUUGAUAUGUUGCCCCCGAUGAUGUUACUACUGCUGCCAUUUAUAAUCGAAGGAUCAACGGCUGGCGAAGGAGCCCAUUGGGGGUACCGAGAUCAUAAUGGGCCAGAAAAUUGGCAGAAAACAUGUCAGGACGGUUUUCGGCAAAGUCCCAUUGAUAUCCGUGCAUCUGACGUCGAUUACGCUUUACUACACCGAAUGCACUUCGUCCAUUACGACCAUGCCGGUCCUGUUAAUAUCAGCAAUAACGGCCACACAAUUAUUGGAGAUGGUUUCGAAAAAUGGGGAGUAAAACAGCCUUAUAUCCAAGGAGCAGGCUUAAAACAUCGCUACCGUCUUGUUCAAUUCCAUUUCCACUGGGCACAGCACGAUCACCUUGGGUCCGAACAUAAGAUUGGUGGAUUACAUUAUCCUGGAGAACUACAUCUUGUACACGUUCGUCACGAUCUCACACUUCCGGAGGCCGUCCGGAAGCCAGAUGGUAUAGCCGUCGUUGGCGUUUUUCUCGUCAUUGGACACGAUGGCAGCUCAACAGCAGCCGUUUCAUCCGUAUUAGAAAAUAUCAUAUUUCCUGGAAACAGUUCGUCGGUCCAAGGAUUUCGUGCUCGACCACUUUUGCCGGCACAUACUGAAGCUUUCUACCGGUAUGAAGGCAGCUUAACAACACCAGGAUGCGACGAAGCUGUCAUCUGGACCGUCCUGGCUGAUCCCAUUGUGACCACCCGCUCACAGAUGAAAGAGCUACGCCAAGUACAUUCGCAGGAAGGAGGUCGUUUCACACACAAUUAUCGUCCGGUACAAGCGCUUAACGGUCGAAGAAUCCUGUACAGACCGAGCUCUUUCGACAAGACCUUCCUUUGUGGUGGUCAACAAGCGAUCAGCAUUCUCACCGCUUUACUUGUAAUGAUACUUGGUUACCUCCACUAG